AUGUUCUCACAAGACUGCUUCCCGUACGAUCCAGAAUCUGGGUUGUGUAUCCACCAGCGCGACAGCACGCAAUUCUUUCUGCUUGGGUGUAAAACAUCCUCUUCCAGCAAUGUGUAUUUACGCGAGCUGCUCGGCCCUACGAUAAACCUGCCAGCUAUGCCUCGUAGCUGCCGCGCUAUCGGUUUACCUCAUUGGAGUGGCUUCAGCACGGCACCAGAGCGAAUCGCACCGCCUGGGGAACUGAAAGCCUCAGACCUCUUGAGAGAUCGCGGCAUGAUGCCCACUUACAACCCUCCGGCAGGCGAACGGUGCUACUUGGGCGCAGAUCAGCUAAAGCCCAUCGUACAGCCAGUCAAGUUUCGCGUCCAUGACCACCGCGAGCGAAGGCGAGGAACAGACAUGAGCUGGAUGAAAGUGAGCGAGCAAGAUGAGGAUGCCAGACCGAAAACGAGCACAGCACCUAUCCAGUUUUUCAGGCAAGCGCCGAGACGAGUAAACACCAGUUCAGAGCUCACAGCGUCCUUUGAGACAAGAUCGAUGGAGAAGAGAAGAUUGACGUUGGCGGAGGAAUUCGCGUCCGAGGGAUUGGACUGUACGGAACUUCCUUCAACAUCCGACUCAGACGACGAGGAGGAAUGUGAAGAUAUCCGGCAUGCCCGUCGAUGA